CUCCAGCAGAGCGGAAGGAACACCUGCUCAGGUCGGUAACACUCCAUCAGGUCUCCAUCAAGAUCCCUGCAGGAGCAGACGAGUGAAGAUGGGUGACGCUGCGCUGAGCAACAUGGCGGCGGCCCACGUGACAAGCAUGCCACACCACAAUGGGGACCCUCUGGCCUUCUCUAGUCUCACCAUUGACACGGCUUUAGCGCCCAGAAGGGGGACACAUGAAGCUGAAGCACAAGAGCGACCCAAACCAGAGCCAAAGGCCAUACCGCUGAGGCCGCAGGUCGCCGCGACGACCUCCCUGGCUCCGGCCGAGCAGCUGUGGACCACCAGCAGGGACAAGGCGGUAAGGCUGAGGAUGGAAAACACGGGACCUGCGGCGGAGACUCCCCUCACCGUGCAUCAGGCGUUCCUGGAGACGGUGCAGAGCUUCGGGGAUCACCCGGCCUUGGCCCACAAGGAGGACGGCCAGUGGGUGACGCUGAGCUGGAGGCAGUACUACGAGCAGUGUCGAGCGGCUGCCAAGAGCUUUCUAAAGCUGGGCCUGGAACGGUACCAUGGUGUGGGGAUCCUGGGGUUCAAUGCCCCCGAGUGGUUCAUCGCAGACAUGGGCUGCAUUUUCGCCGGGGGCCUGGCGACAGGUAUUUACACCACCAACACACCUCCAGCUUGUUUGGAUGUGGCUGGAAACUCACAAGCCAACAUCCUGGUCGUGGAGAACCAAAAUCAGCUUGAUAAAAUCCUGCAGAUAAAAAAUGAGCUGCCACAUCUUAAAGCAAUCGUCCAAUACAAAGGCGAGCUGCAGCAACAACUACCAUCCCUCUAUACGUGGGCAGACUUCAUGAAGCUGGGCAAGGAUGUCCCUGACAAGGACCUAGACGAUUCUAUCAACAGUCUUCAUGCUAACGAAUGCUGCACCCUCAUUUAUACGUCAGGAGCCACUGGGCCCCCAAAAGGGGUCAUGUUAAGCCACGACAACCUCACAUGGACAGCCCAAACAGCAGGAAUCGAGGUCAACCUGAAAUACGCUGAGGAGAUUGUGGUCAGUUAUCUACCGCUCAGCCACGUGGCGGCACAAGUCAAUGACAUGUACAUAACCAUGAGGUUUGGAGCCACCACUUAUUUCGCAGAGCCGGAUGCCCUCAAGGGCUCAUUGGUAACAACGCUGAAAGAGGUGUCUCCCACCUCGUUCCUCGGAGUUCCUCGCAUUUGGGAGAAGAUGCAGGAGAAAAUGAAGGCUGCCGGAGCCAAGGUGUCCCCGCUAAAGAAGAGUGUAGCCGACUGGGCCAAGUCCAUCGGAUUGCAGUAUAACUACAGUGCCAUGAACGGGGAAAAUCGUGUUCCAUGGGGCUUCAUGCUGGCUAACCAAGUGGUCUUCAAGAAGGUGCAAGCUGCCCUGGGCCUUGGGCGCUGCAGGACUUUGUUUACAGGCUCGGCCCCCAUCUCCAAAGACACACUGGAAUAUUUUAUGAGUCUCAACUUGCCAUUGAUGGAACUUUAUGGCAUGAGUGAAAGCACUGGUCCACACACCGUCUCCACAAAUGCGAACUACCAGAUCGGCAGCUGCGGGAAGGCAAUGGCAGGCUGCAAGGUGAAGCUAGACCAAGAAGACAAAGGACACGGAGAGAUCUGUUUCUGGGGGAGGAACAUCUUCAUGGGCUACCUAAACAAGCCUGACCAAACAAAAGAGGCAUUGGACCAGGACGGAUGGCUGCACUCUGGCGACGUGGGACAGUUUGUGCGAAACUUUCUAUUCAUCACAGGGAGGAUUAAAGAGUUAAUCAUCACAGCAGGAGGUGAGAACGUGGCGCCUGUGCCCAUCGAGAACUUAAUGAAGGCUGAGGUAGACAUCAUCAGCAACGCCAUGUUGAUCGGCGACAAACGCAAGUUCCUCUCCAUGCUGAUCACGCUCAAGUGUGCUGUGAAUGAAAAUGGCGAACCAACGGAUCAGCUGACCGACGAGGCCAUAAUGUUCUGCCGACAAAAAGGCGUGAGUGCCACCAAGGUGUCCGAGAUCAUGGACAACAAGGAGCCAGCUGUCUACAAGGCCAUCCAAGAAGGCAUGGAGCGUGUCAAUGCCAAGGCCGCGGCAAACGCACAGAAGGUCCAAAAGUUUGUCAUCCUGGGAAAAGACUUCUCCAUUCCUGGAGGGGAGCUCGGGCCCACCAUGAAGCUGAGGAGGCCUAUUGUCGUCAACAUGUACAAUGACAAAAUUGAGGAGAUGUACUCCGUCUAAAAAAGCUAAAGCUCCAUUGAAGACCUCCACCAAAAAAAGGACAACUUUGUAGCUACAAACAAAAAGCUGCUCUCCAUUUUUGUUGUUGUUCCAGAGAAUUAUUUAAGUUCGCCCUAAAACAUUUACGUGCACUAUUUUCUUUUGUUUUUGUAAAUAAAACCACCCAAUCACGGCCAAAGCGCAACACUAAGUCACAUGACUCACUCAACAAAAAGGGGAACUGCCCUUUUUUUUGGAAUUUUGAUUUUCGUUCACGAUUAUUAUGAAAGAAGUGACGACGAAUGUAUUUUUUUUUAUGCAUUCAUACAUGAAAAUAAACGUAAAUAAAAGUAUGCUUAAAGCCCUAUAAUUCGUCUAUAAAACCCCAUAAAAAACAUCCAAAAAGCGCCAACAAAACAAUGUUUACAUUUCGUGACUUGAAUAUUAAACAAGUAUUAGUGAUAUUGUUAUUAUAAGCGCUAAAACAGACAAACUACUUAUAGCGGCGCCGUGAUCACGAGCUUGUGUGCCAAUGUUGACAUGAUCGACUGAUCAGCUGCUUCCUUGUUUCCUUGCUCGUUAAACUUUAUUGUAGACCAUAAAUCAUGCCUCUCACCUGGAUAGUAGAAUAGAAUAGAAUAGAAUAGAAAGUACUUUAUUGAUCCCUGGGGGAAAUUCAGCACCACAGUUCGCUCACAAUAGACAAUAAUAAUAAUAUAUAAAUAAUAUAAUAUAUAUAAUAUAUUAUAUAUAUAAUAUAUGAAUAAUAUAAAUAUAUUCUACAUAUACUCUACAUUUAAGUGCAGUCAAGAAGGAACAUAUGCAUUAUACAGUCUGAUGGCUGUCGGUAUGAAGGACCUCCUGUGUCGUUCCGUGUUGCAUUUUGGGAGUCUGAGCCUUCCACUGGACGUGCUCAUUCUCUCCGCAAGGUCCGAGUGUAGUGGGUGGGAGGUGUUGUCCCAUAAUAGAAGAACAAGGACAUAUUCCAACAAGUUGGUCAAUUUUGACAGCCAAUUUAGAACCCGGAAAUGGCGAGAACGACACGAAAAGACGCUUGGUUCCACCCCCCUUUUCUUUGUGAGGAUUACGAGUCAUUCUUCAUCUAAAUGGGAAUUUAUAACAUCCUAGCAGUCUGCAUCUAAUGACAGCAGACCUUGUACAGUACGUGGUUAUUUAUUAUGUUUGUUGGCUCUCAUAAAGUUUGCACUGAGCAGUAAUUAGUGAUGUAGUUAAAAAAAAAAGCUAACAUAGUGAUGCUUUUUUAAAAUUAUUACGCCACAUGCUUAAAAUGAUCAAAAUACAUAAAUAUGAUAUGUUAUUAUAAAUGUGCUCAU